GUGUACCUUCACCAGUACAGCUGGGCACCCCUCUCUGACAUAAUGCUACAAGAUUAGCAAAAUAGGUCCGUUCGUCGCCAUGGCUAUUUAGACUACUUUCCCGCUGUUCUUCUUUACACGGACAACAACUGGAGCUUAAUACGCUAUCUGGUGGGAGGAUGUUAUCAUAAUUUGCCGUUCCUAAAAAAGAAGAAAACUUCGCUCAGUUGCCACCUGAGCCAUUCAGCUCGAUAGCUUUUUAGCUAGCUAGCCCUGAUCGACGGCAUAAUAGACUGCCUGGCGUUUAUUUUGUCAUGAACGCGGUGUCGUCGUUUUGACAAGUUCACAUUUGAGCUUCCAAUGACAGUAGAAUAAGUGGCUUUUACGUGAAAUCAACGACCAAUCGUUUGUUUUUUAACAGAUGCUGUUAUAGUGAAAAGCCACCUGAAUCGGGUGCUACAUCAUGGCAACAUGCAAACAAUCUACUUAGCAAGCUAGCGUCUUGCUCUAACUAAAAAUACACCCCUUGUCCUCUGUCCCGCAUGCUGAAGCGGUGGGCUUGUCCCCUUAAUUUCCCACGUCUCCGGCUUUUAUGGUGACCUUGCUCGGCGUUUGGCACUCUACAUGGUCACUACGGUGGAAUCAAGGCGUCAGGAAGAGCGUGUCAGACCCCGAGGUGGUGAGCCGGGUUGGGCUGACUUUACGCCGCAUCGCAGCUGCCGGGUGGUUCUGUUGUCCCCAUGGCCUUGUGCCUCCAUUAGUAGUCAUAUAACGAGCCCCGGUCCAGCCCCCGGGAUAUUGGAGUGAGACCCAUCAAAGGUCAAGGAUAACGCUUUUGUUUCCACUGUCAACUGCGUGAGAUCUGCGGGACAUCUUUGUUAAAGUGGAUCACAAUGACAGAGGAUAACAGUGCAGAUAACUUCAUCAAGGAGACAUCCAUUCUAGAUGAAUACAGCAUCAACUGGACCCAGAAGCUGGGAGCUGGCAUCAGUGGACCUGUGAGGGUUUGUGUGAAGAAAUCAUCACAGGAACGCUUGGCCCUGAAGAUCCUCAUUGAUCGCCCAAAAGCCAGAAAUGAGGUGCGCCUCCAUAUGAUGUGUGCCAACCACCCAAACAUAGUGCAAAUCUUGGAGGUGUACGCCAACAGUGUCCAGUUCCCACACGAGUCCAGUCCGAGAGCCAGGCUUCUGAUUGUGAUGGAAAUGAUGGAGGGCGGUGAACUGUUCCAUAGAAUCAGUCAGCACAGACACUUCACUGAAAAGAUGGCCAGCCAGGUCACAAAGCAGAUCAGUCAAGCCUUGGAACACUGUCACUCCCUAAAUAUUGCACAUCGGGACCUGAAGCCAGAGAACCUGCUCUUCAAGGAUAACUCUUUGGAUGCUCCUGUGAAGCUGUGCGACUUCGGUUUCGCCAAAAUUGAUCAAGGGGACCUGAUGACCCCGCAGUUCACUCCCUACUACGUAGCACCUCAGGUACUUGAGGCUCAAAGAAGACACCAGAAAGAAAAGUCUGGAAUCAUACCUACCUCACCCACUCCUUACACCUACAACAAGAGCUGUGACUUGUGGUCGCUGGGCGUCAUCAUCUACGUGAUGCUAUGCGGCUAUCCUCCGUUCUACUCCAAGCAUCACAGUCGCACCAUUCCGAAGGACAUGCGGAAGAAGAUCAUGAUGGGCAGCUUUGACUUCCCCGAGGAUGAGUGGAGUCAGAUCUCAGAGAUGGCAAAGGACAUUGUGCGCAAGCUGCUAAAGGUGAAGCCAGAGGAGAGGCUGACCAUCGAGGGCGUCUUGUCUCAUCCGUGGCUCAACUGCACUGAAGCCCUUGAUAACGUGCUGCCCUCUGCACAGAUGAUGAUGGACAAGGCGGUCGUCGCAGGAAUCCAGCAGGCCCACGCGGAGCAGUUGGCCAACAUGAGGAUUCAGGACUUGAACGUCAGCCUGAAGCCUCUCAACUCUGUCAACAACCCAAUCCUCAGGAAGCGGAAACUGCUCGGGUCUAAGCCCAGUGACGGUUUCUUCAUUCACGACCCAGAAAACGGAGGCGAGGACUCCAACGUAGCGCUGGAAAAACUACGAGAUGUCAUUGCACAGUGCAUCCUUCCACAGGCGGGUGAAAACGAGGACGAGAAGCUGAACGUGGUGAUGUAUGAAGCCUGGAGGUUCAACAGGGACUGUAAACUGCUACGAGACGGCCUUCAGGGUCUCAGCUGGGAUGGUCGAGCCUUCUCCGACAAAGUGGACCGUUUGAAAUUGGCCGAAAUCGUGAAACAGGCCAUCGAAGAGAGGACAAACCUGGAGGAGUCUCAUUAGCAAACGACUUUCUAUUGUUGUUUUAUAUUAACUUUUUAUCCCCAGUCGAAUAAUUGCGCCCCACCGCCCCACACCCGCACCACACACACCACAUGGAUUCACUUGCAAGGCCUACUGUACAGCUGUAGAUACACAUUUCCAAAAAAAAGAAAAGACUCAUUGGUACUUGCAUCAACAAAAACAACAACAGACUAUAUUUUCGUUUUCCAAAAAAGAGAUUUUCUCUUAGGGAAUUUUUAUUCUUUUUAUCCCAAAUAUUUCAUCCUUUUCUUCACCUUUCCGAAGAGUUUAUAUUUAUUUGAAGCAAAAGUUGCUUUAUUUAUACAGUUUUAUUUUUAGCCUGUGAGCAGGCUUUAAAGAGAAGCAUUCUGCCUUUUAUGCACUCUGUCAUUUUCUUUUUCGACCUUUUGGUUGUUUGCAGAAAUGCGUGCCCCCACCCCCCACGUUAUUUUAGUGUAAAGCCCUUUCUCUUCAAAGACGGAUUUUACAUCCAUUAACACCGAGCCUCCUCUUCUUCCUCACAGCAAGUUUUUACAGCUUUGCUUUUUGACUACAAUCUCCACUUAAUCUUGAGCUUCCUUCUUUAAAUGUCGUUGGAAGGCUUGAUUUUUUUCUUUCCCUGCUACUGCUCCUACUGUGGACGUGGUCUUUGAUGCGUCAAAAGAUUCAUCAGUUUGUCAGCAGCCUUAAAAACGUUCAGAACUCUUUCAUACAUGAAGUGGAUUUGUUUUUACUACGCCUUUAAAGACACACAGGUUCUUCUGUCCACAGUUAGCCAGUGUGACAUUUCCAUGGCGAUCGCCCGACUGCUCUUUGUCUUCUCAUUCAUGGCGUCAUUAUUUCUACCUGUAAUUGAAUAUUUUCUUUACGUAUGCAAAUUGAUGAAGUCUUACCUUUUUUAGGGACAGUUCCUCGUACAUUUCCAUGUUGUUGUCUUUCGAAAGGUAAAUGUUUAUCAUACAAUUUCACAUUUACUUUCAUUUACAUUCACUCUCAUCCAAAAUGAGUUGACUGUUAGACAAUUAUCGAGGCGCUUUUGUUUACAUCCUUCCGUAAAGAAAAGGCCAUCUGUUCUGACAUAAUUAAAAGAAAUAAUUCGGGGCGUCGUCGACAAAUGUAACCCACUUGAUGCCUCACAGUCGCCCCUUUAAAUCUCCAUGACAACCAUGCUGACGUUAAAAAACGCCUUAUUGCACACAUAAGAAACGUGCCUUGGUAACCUUUGCUCAUUACAAGACUUGGGCUUAUUGUUAAAAAAAAACAACUAAAAGCAUUCCAUUUUAUUCAGUCAUCUCUACUAUACAUCCCACAAUGCUCCUCUCUGCAUGGCCCUGGGGUCAGAUUUCACAGAUAGUAACUUCCACUUGUCUUAAAAGAUUGUAAACUAAGUUUGCGCUCAAGUUCACAAGGAGGUGGUGGUGUUUGGUACAACAAAAUGCUUCCUCGACCAAAUAAAUAGUCAUCUGUCCUUCAUGAUUUGUUUUUCUCUGCUGAUGUAGCAUGAAUACACAUCUCUUUCUGCCUUCUCUGGAAUGUCAUCAACAUGCUGACUUUGUAAUAAAAACACUUUUCAAGAAC